GGCAGGCAUUGACAAUACUUAGAAGUUUUCAAUUUUGUUUUUAAUAUUUUUCAAAUCGAAACCAAUCGUUAUUGUGUUUAUCAGUUUAUAUUAAUAUUAUCGAAUAUAAUGGUUUGUUCGUGCUCCGCUUAUGGCUGUGUGAAUCGACAAUCGUCCGGUUCGGAUAUCCACUUUUUUUCAUUUCCAUUAAAGAAUCCGACUAGAAACGAGCAGUGGAUUCGAGCGGUUGAUCGAAAAGGAUUUGUCCCUACUCAAUAUAGUAAACUGUGUAGUGAUCACUUUGAACCAUUUUGUUUUUAUGAUCCACCCGGAGGAAGUUACAAAGUUCGUUUACACGACAACGCGGUUCCUACAAUUUUCUCGGCCAAAAAACAACCGUCAAAGGCUCAGAAAUCGCAUUUUAAACCAACCGUUUGUAGCGAUGAUGAAUUAGUUCAACAGCAAUCUACAAGUGUAUCAGUAGAAGGAGGAAAAUGUGUCGAAAAGUCUGAAGUUCCAUUACUUGGCAAUGAGUACUUACUGUACUCCAUUACACCAUUAACACAAUCAUCAUUUAUUCGAGCUGAUGAAAAUUCUGAAGUUCCAGUACGUAGUACACUUUUGAAAAGUAAAAAACGGCGUUUUGUUUCAUCGUCUCCAAAAACAAAAUCGAAUCGCAGAUCUCCUUCAAAAUGUGAAUUAAAAAACACAAUAAAAAAAUUAUACCGGCAAAACAGAACCUUAAAACGAAAAAUCAGAAGGCAAAAUUAUAAAAUUUCUAGCAUCGAAGAUCAAUUAAAAGAACUUAAAGACAGCAAAAUGUUAAACAAGGAUUCGGAAAUGACAUUAUAAAAUAUAUUUGAUGGUCUUCCUCAAAGAUCAAUUAAAAUUUUUUAACAUGUACGUAUAAUGUUUUUUAUUUUUUGGUAUAUUUGUGAACUAUUUAAUUGUAUUCUCAUCGUGUACUUAUGUUUUUAUA